CCCGGUGAAAACAGCGUCACGAUCGGUGCGAAUUGGUAGUGAUGGAUCCAUGGUGCCCGACGCCCGGGAUGUGGAGCUGGGGCACGAGGAGCACUUGGAAGAGUUUUUCGAUGUGCUUCAAGAGGAGGUGGCGGAUCGUUCUGGGCCUCAGAGCCCCAAGGGAAUCCGUACACGGAACCACUCCUUCAAUUCCUUCUCCAGGAACACCUCUUGUUCCUCCUUCCAAGAUGCACUGAGCGAAUGGGAGUUGGAAGUUCCAGCCAUUGCCCCGCCGCGCAGGUCGAGUUUGAAGAGCAGCUGGCCUCCCAGCCACCUACGGCGGCCCUUGGAACUGCUGGGCAUCAGCCUCUGCUGUGCCAGCACGGCGUUUGCUUUGCGGGCACCCUAUGAGGCGACCGAGGCGCUGCCGCUGCUGCUGAUGCUCUUCGCCUUCGCAGCCAUCGCUGCCUCGCUGCUGGGACCCAGGAUGCGCUCCUGGAGCUCCGUGUUGGCGGGCACGUACCUCUAUGCUCAGCGCUGGCGCGGGCGCACGCCGAACAGCGUGCUGGAGUGGCUGGCUGCGGGGGUGGCCGUGAGUCGUCCCUGCGGCGGGAGCGAAGGCUUUCCACUGGGCUUGGCGCUCUCCAGCGCCUUGUGGGGCAUGCAGCUCUCAGAGCAGAGGAGUUGGCCAACGCUCGUGCUGGGCUUCCUAUUUUUGAACAUUGCCCAGUUGUUGCUGCACCUGGCAGGGGAUAACACCAGAGCCAAGGUGGAUCAUCGGCUGGAGUGGUGCGCAGCGAUCUCGCGUGUCUCUCAGGAGCCCUGGGUCUUCUCGGCGGCGGUGAUCACUGGCACCUUGGGAUUUGGCGGUCGAUACUUGGGUCUGCAGGGUCUGGACUUGUCCGUGGGUCGUCCGCCACAGAAGGCGCGGCCCUUGCUGCUGCUCCUGGCGAUGCUGCCCAUGCUGAUGGGCUGGGCGGCACGCAGCAGCGUGGGGGGUGAGUCGAGAAUCUUAAAGUGGACUCUGGUGUCGCUGAGCCUGGGUUUCAGCUUGUUGCCCAACCAGGAGCCGGAUCCGUGCUGGGCACAUGAGGACGGAUCCUUGUCGGCCAUGGCAGUGGGCCGCGCACUGCUAUUGCAUUUAGAGUUGGCCACCGUGCCCUUGCUGGUGGCAGCCCUUUGCAGCUGCGCACCCAUGACGCCCGUGGCCACCCUGCGGCGACCACUGGGGACGAGCUCGGCGCCGAUCUCGGCGGCGCAAGCGGCGGCCGUGGUGGCCACGGUCUUCCUGGCCGAUCGCGCUGCCGAGCGGUUGUUGGUGAAGCGCUGGUGGGUGGCGACCCUGGGAAAUCUCCUGGCUGCCCUGCUUUGCCUCAACUUUCCAGAAGCCCGGCGCCCUCGGCUCUCGGAGUGGGCCGGGAACUAUGCCAAUCUCCGUGCCGCGAGCUCAAGUGCUGCCAUGGCGGCAGGACGGCGGCCCAGCUCGUUUGUGCCCAGUACUCUCGCGAGCAGUCGCGUUGCGAGUGCAGCUGACUUGGUGGGUGGGCUCAGGCGCUUGAGCGCCCGGCUCUUGAAGCCACCACUGCAGGAGCAAGAGGAGGCACACGAUCCAAGCUUCUGGAACUGCCUGUUGGCAGAGCUCUGGCCCAGCUUGCGUGGAAUGAUCGAAGAAGAUAUCCUGAAAGGGGAGGUACAGUCAGUGCUCCAGGAAAGUGUCACUGCAGCCUUGAAGUUCGACACUGCCUUCUUGGGCACUGAACCGCCCAAGGUGCUGUCUUUGCGGAUGCUCUCCACCCACAGGCCAGAAAGGUCCAUCCUCUUUGUGAUGGACACCGAGUUUGUGAGCAAGGAGGUGGACUUGACCUUGAAGCUCACCUUGGGCAGCUUCAUGGGUCUCUCACUGGGCGUCAGCAAGCUCACCUUGCGGGGGAAACUUUUCCUGGGCUUCCGACACCUAACGCCCCAUUUGCCGUUGACCCAGGGCCUCACCGUGGGCUUCGCCGAUCCCCCGGCGAUCGAUCUGGAAGUCACCACGCCCUCGGCGCUGGGCGUGCCCUUCGUGCCGGAGAGGGCGCGUGCUGCGUUGAUCUCGGUGAUCUCGUCGACCUUGGCACACCAGAUGGUGCUGCCCAAUCGCAUUCCCUUGCCCUUUGGGACGCUGUGGCCUUUAGAUCGCCUGCAACAUGCCCGGCCUGAGGGCGUGCUGGCAUGUCGAGUACUUGGAGCUUGCGGAGUGACCUCCACGAACCGCCCCUUGAGCUGCGUGCUGCAGCUGGGCGCCGCCAGCUACCGCAGUGCCAAGUCAGAGAGCGAGGACGGCGACUUCCUGUGGGACGAGGAGCCCUUCCUGGUGGUGGAUCACUUCGAGCAGUCGCUACUGCUGGCGCUUCACGAGCGGCACACCUUUAAUGACCGCGCCAUUGCACACCAGGCCAUCUCCAUCAAAGAGCUGAUCGAUCGCAGCCGCUGGCAGCACAUGCCCAGUUGGUCUCUCCAGGCCAUGGGUAGCGAGACGACGACUCCACAGUUGCUCUUCUCCAGUAGCUUUCACGAGCUGAGCCGCAAGCGUGCCAGCUUCGCCGGCCUGGGAUCCUUGCUCUUGCUCACGGCCCGGAGCACCGAGAACGCGAUAGGACCACGUGUGCGUUACCUUUGCGCGGGAACGUGGACUGUGCACGUCACGUGCCCCCCCGAACUCGAUGGAGCCCUCCUGAUGCUCCGAUGUUUUGUGGUGCCGCCCGGGGGCGUUCCACCGCCAAACCUCGUGCGCGGGGAUGCGCAAAGCGUGCCCAUGCGCUGCUCACGGAUCACGCCAGUGCAGGUCCUGGUGGUCGACCAUUUUGGCGCCAUUUCACCGCACCCCAUGGCGUGGGAGCACCGGAUCGUUUGUGCAGGCAACUUCGACCAGACGGCCCAAGCUGUACAGAUUGCUGGGGAUUCGAGUGAAGAGGAGACCCAUGAGGUGGAUGUGAAGCAGGCGUGGGAAGCCUAUGUGGAGUCCGAAGAGGCGCACCGGCACCGCUUUUCAUCGGACCGCUGGCGGGAGCGCCUCACGGAGCUUUGGCAGCUCCGUGGUGCGGCGGCACCGCGGCGUCAUGCAGGGGUGCAAGAGCUCAAGGAGAGGUCCCCAAUCCACGUGACCCUCCAGGAGUGGCUCAACAGUGACCGGGAGGGUUGCAUCCGACGCAUGGCGCUGAUCUUGGAGUUGCCCGUCUGGUGCGAGGUUCGUUUGGGGAAGCUCCUUGAUGAGCUAGCCACGCAGAAGGGGACCCCUGCCCACAAGGUUCCCUCGGAAGUGACAAGGACACGUCUUUUGUCUUCGGAUGAGAAGGAUGAGAAGGAGCGCUUCUGCGAUCGGUGCCCUCGUGAUCAAGAGCUUUACUUGGAGAUUUGCCAAGCCCACCGAAGGGCAGAUCCGGAGGUGCACUAUUCUCUAGAUGUCACUGAUGUGGUGGGCAUCUGGCGUAAGCCCUUGCGUGAUCUGCUGGAUGUGGCCCACAUGACGGACCGCAUGGCUCCACGGAUGCUGCUGCCUCCCGGACAGCGUGGACAGCGUGGAGUCGGGGAGUCGCCCAAAGCUUCGGCGACCAGCGGCGUGCCGCCGAGCACCGAUGAGGUGGUCAAGCGUCAGUACGUGGCCUCGGUGGAGCGCAGCUGGUAUCAGGAGCCGUCGGAGCUGGGAGGUUGUGUCAGGUUGGCCUCCAGGCAAUUCCUUCCAAUUGCAGAACAUGGGCAUGCCACAGCCUGUGCUGCCGCCGUCUCUGCCGCAGCCCUGAGAUUGACUUUCAUGACGUCCUCCAAGGUGAUUUUUCUGCGGGGAGGCCUCAGCCUUUGCCCGGAGCCUGAGAGCGAGAAUCCCAUCGAGAAGGCUGAGAAGGCAGAAGAUGAGGACAAAAAGCCCAUCAUUCCUGGUCCAAGAUCGCAUAUGGAAUUGUUGGACGUCUACAUGUUGUCCUCUGAACAAAGCGUGGACCGUGGAUGUCCCGCCGGCCUUUGUCCCUGA